GUGAGCCCCCGUCUCUCCACCCUGGAAUGUUCUCCUGCUGGAUUACUGUGUUAAAGCUGCUGGACUGGCUUAUCUACGGCUUCUGGCUUCAACAUGAGGUCUGCUGCUCUGUUCCUGCUGAUGCUCUGCUGCUCUGUCGGUGAAGGCCGAGCGGAGAUCUCUGUUCCUGCAGACGAUGGCACCAGGACUGAAGCACGUCCCCCCAGGGACCUGAGCGUCCUCUGGGAAGAGGUGCAGGGCCUGAAGCAGCUGGUCCUCAGUCUAAAGGGGGAACAAGUGGAGCAACGACAAGAACUCCGGACUGUGGAGAGUCGGCUGAGGGACGGGGAGAUGGAGGCAGAGCUGCAGAAGCAAAGCAUGGAUGAGCUGCAGAUGGCGCUAGAUCUCCUGCUGACGGAGCAGACCUCUGGUCUGAGGAAGAAGGUGGAGGAGCUGGAAGAGCAGACCAAAGCUGAGAUAUCAGAGAUUCAUGCCAGAAUAAACAGCAGUGAGAACUCAAUGGAGAUCCUGAAGAAGAAGAACUCAGCUGUUGCGGCUGAGCUGCCGUUCCUGCAGACCAGACUGAGGGCCAGUGAGAGCAGCGUGGAGCAGCUGAGGAGGAAGGACACAGUUCUGGCAGGCAGACUGUGCAACACGGAGAGUUUGAUGGAGGAGCUGAUGGGGCAGAUCUCAGAGAUCCAGGCCUGCAACACUUCAKCUGGGAUGGAUUCGGAAGUUCUGGUGCUGGAGAGUCACCUGGACAUCCACCUGGACAAGCUGAAGGCUGACAUCGAAGGUCAAAUUCAUGAGUUGGAAAACAAACUGAGUUCCAGUCAUGUGGGUCUGGACGGCCUGAGUGCUGCUGCUGAGCAUCGCCUGAACCAAACUGARAGACAACAGGAUGAACUCAGGAACCACAACACAGAGUUGGUGAGUAGACUGCAAUCCAGUGAAAAACAGCUGAAAGAUCUGAGGACAUUAAACACACACAUGGAGACCAGACUGAGCUCUACUGAGGAACAACUGGACCAAAUAAAGAAUCAGUCUGCCGGUACCAUCAUCAGUUCUGGAGGUCAGACUGAGAGUCAGUGAGAAACGGCUGGAGGAGCAGGAAACAGGAAGCUCAGGUAACAUGUGACACUUUUGCAUUUUCUGAACAUUUUUAAU